CUAUAUAAACACAACAAAACAACGUGACUCGCAUAUAUACAUACAAAAAAUAUACACAGAUAUAUGUAUAAUAUUCACUAAAUGGGAAAUGCUAACGGUAGAGAAGACGGCGCCGCCGUUAACGGCGGCGGAGGUGGAGGUGGUGAUGAGGUGGCGGGAAGUGGAGAUCACGCGCGGACGACGCGCGUGGCGUCGGUUGACUUGAUGGUUAAUUCUCCAGAGCAGAGUCCACAUCCUGUUGCUUCACCGUUGUUGUUCGGACCUCAGGUCCCAAUAGUUCCUUUACUAGGAGCAGAUGCUAACCCUGUUACCAAUGAAAUGCGGGGCAAUGAAUCUGAGGAUGACUCUGAUCAUUCUCCAGAGAGUGGCAUACCUACUUUAAUAACAUGGAGUUUUGGUGGUAAUAACGUUGCUAUCCAGGGAUCUUGGGACAACUGGAGAUCAAGGAAAGUUCUCCAAAGAUCAGGCAAGGACUAUGCCAUUCUCUUGGUCCUUCCGUCGGGUAUAUAUCAUUACAAAUUCAUUGUGGAUGGAGAAGUUAGAUAUAUUCCAGAACUUCCAUCUGUAGCAGAUGAGACAGGCAUCGUCUUUAAUCUUCUUGAUGUUAAUGACAAUGUGCCAGAGAACCUCGAAAGUGUUGCAGAGUUUGAGGCCCCACCAUCACCUGACUCUAGCUAUGCGCAAGCUUUGUUGGGAGAUGAGGAUUUUGCAAAGGAGCCAGUGGCAGAUCCACCCCAACUUCAUCUAACUGUUCUUGGUUCUGAAAACUCGGAAGAAACACCUUCUUCUCCAAAACCCCAGCACGUAGUGCUUAAUCACCUCUUUAUAGAGAAAGGAUGGGCUUCACAAUCUGUCGUUGCUCUUGGUCUGACGCAUAGGUUCCAGUCCAAAUAUGUCACCGUUGUCCUCUACAAGCCUCUGAAGAGGUGACCCUGGGUUUACAUUCUAAUCUUUCUGGAGCUUUCCCAGUGUGGUUGCUUUAAGAUUUCCGCUGUUAAUAGACCUUCUCGAUGUCCAACUUCCUUUAAUCUUUCUGCUCUGUUGUACAAUAGUUUCAAGUUUUAUGCAAGUAAACAUCUCUAGGCAUGGUAACUGCUACUGCACUCAUCUUUUCUUCACCUUUUUUGGUGAUUUUCUGUUCAUAAAGUUUUUCUUACAGAAGGAUUAAUGUGCAGAAUGAGAAAAGAAAUUAUAGUUAGCUAA